AGGGAGUCGAUAAGCUCCUAUAGCUAGGUUUAUAUCAGCUGAUCACAGAAUACACCGUUCCUGUGUUGGGGAUGGUGGCAUGAUGAGACAUUUUGGAAGUUUUCGUUACCAAGUAUUUUUUAAGAAAUAUUAUUACUUUUAGCAGAGAUAGAUCUAGAUCUAGAUCUAUAUAUAAAAUGCAAAACAAAAUACUGAAAGAAACAAAACAUGGUGUUUGUUUUGUUUUUUAUAGACCCGAGCAACCAAGCAAAUUUUGCAGAGUGCGACUCCUUGCAAUUGAAUAUAAUAUCGAUACUGUCCUCUUCAGCCCAUCUUAUUCGUGUUGAUUUUAUAUUGCGAAUGUUCGGACCAGCCUUCAGCCUACCCUGUGUGCAUUGUGCAGUGGUUUCAACGAAGUCAGGUGAAGGAAAACAGCUUCCGCAUGAGGUCCAUGAUUAGUGACAAAAUAGAUGGAAAAUGUGGGUGUUAGUCAGCAAAACAGAACCAGAAAAAAAGCAUGUCCUGGUUGGUGGCAAGAAAUAUGUCAUUGGGAGGCAGAGCUGCGACAUUGUCGUACAGGAUCCUUCCGUCAGUCGGACGCAGGCGGAACUUUCACUUUUUCACCAGGAGUCGAAUGUGAUGAAGUCUUUCGUAGUCCCAGAACUUAUGCUUGAAGAUGUGUCAAAGUUUGGCACUUUUGUGAAUGGGAAGGCGGUGAGGAAGUCUGGACCAAGCCAAGUCUCUCUCAAAAGUGGCGACGAGAUCAGAUUUGGCGGAACCCUUGCAUCAGUAUAUAUUGCAAAAUAUGAACCCUUCAUUGUGACUGCGUCAUGCAUUGAGAAAGGUCCCAAGAAAGCUCUGCAGAAAACAAUGUGCGCCCUGGGUGGCCACCUGGUGAGGGACUGGAGGACCAACUGUGAGCUGCUGGUCAUGCCCAAGAUCAAUGUGACCAUCAAGGUGGUCUGUGCUUUAAACAACCAGCGACACAUCGUCACUCCUGACUACCUGGAGGACCUGCUUUCAUUCUAUUUGGGGAACAGAGAGAAGCCGAAUCCAAAAGACUAUCUGCCGGAAGUUGUGGAUCAGGAAGUCCCUCCUGGCGUGUGUUUUCACCCCGACGAACGACGGGAGACUCUGCUCAAUGGAAUAAAAUUUUAUUUUCUGUCUGCUGUUCAGUUCAACAAAACAAACCUGGCUGUGUCUACGGCAGGCGGUCAACCUAUCUUACUGGAGGACGGGACGGAGGAAGACGCGAAGGCAAUGACCGGUCCGGGGACCGUGGUCUUUGCUGUGAACAGGGAGAGUUUGGUGACCCUGAGUCCGGCCUGCCAGAAGUUUGUCCAGCUGGUCUACUCCUUUUUGAGCAAGAAAAAAUUGCGCUUAGUUUCGGAUCCCGAGGUCGGUUGGGCAAUCCUGACGUGCAACAUUGAGCAGUUCUGCAACCCGACUUCGGAAAUUACUCCGAGCAUGUACUCUGCCGUGGCCACACAGAUGACCCAGUGCGACUCCCAGAUGAUGACGACGACGACACAGAUGGAGGUGGACCACACUGCACCAGGGCACAGGUCUUCUGGGGUUGACAAAAAGAGCUCAGCCUCUUCGCUGAACAGAUCAGUCCCACGACUGGAGAGCCAGAUGGAUGAAGGCAGUGAGCAGAAGCCUGUGACCCCUCCUCCUAGGAACUCAUCUGCCAGAGCCGGGAGGAGCAGAAGGGUCAGUCCGAAACCAGACAGCGAGGCUACUGCUAAUCCUGUUGACAGUAAAACACCUCAGGAGAGGGAAACGUCUCGACCAGCGGGAUCGGAGUCGGACAAGAAUGACAAUGUGGUCAGUGUGUCCGGGGUAAGGGACAGUGUGGUCAGUGCGUCUGAGGGAAAGAGUUCUCUACGAUUCAGGCUGUCCGGUGAUUUGUUCAGCAGCAGUACUGGAAACUCUACGAAGGUUCCUCCGGACGAGGGGUCUCGGGAAAAAGCCGUGUCAGAGAGAGCAAAUUCGUCCGAGGAGAAAGAGACGAUCAGUGUGUUUGCCAGGCAGAGAAAGAACGGCAGCAAGCCGACGUUGGUACGCCGCGACAGCUCCGAUGAUGAUGAUGUCGUCAACAGGGGGAACAGAAGGUCGGUGAAGAGAAAAGCAAUGUUUUCCUAUGAUGAUGAGGAGGAGGAGAAGGAAGAGAAUGCAAGGCCAGUGAAAAGAUUGGGGAAGAAAUUCGUUUUUGAAACUGAAGAGGACAGCAACUCGACCACCGCACCUGCUGGAGACACGGAACUGCACGAGGUGAAAGAUUCAGAGGAAGACAUUAGCAGAGAACGAAGGGAUACAAGUAGAGUGGUGGUCGAUUCCGUGGUGAAUGAUUCAGAGAUGGACGACAUAAAGCCGGAGGUGUCGGCCGCCCCUGGAGACUGGCUCAGCGUUGCCACCAGCGUCCGAGUGAAGCCAGAGCCAAGCUGUUCGGGCGAUGGAGCGAGGCGUUCCUUCAACCGAGAUGUGGACACGGAAGAUUCAGAGAGAGAUGGUAUCAGCGGUGCUGUUCCGGCUGAUACUCACUCAGACGUUCAGGGUCUGGAGGACGAUGUAAAGCCACAGAUGGAGGAAGAAGAGUUGCUGCUGGACAAUGCUGGAAAUCCUCUCCGAAACUUCUGUGAAGUCAAGAUGGUCAAUUUGCUGGCGCGACCCAUCGGGAGCAAGGCCGUGAGGAACUCCAGCAAGGGUGCCCCAAGCACAUCCAGCAACGGACUGAAAAAUUUCAAGAAGUUUAGAAAGACGGAGCAUGCCGGAACAGGAAAGCUUCCCACCAUCAUAGGCGGCCGUGACCUGGAAGUGUACCUGGGGAACCGACACAAGGACAUCGAAGACUUGUUCUCCGUUGGUUUGGCGGAAGAAAAUCGACAACGAAUGGAAGAUAAAAGAAAUCAGGAUUUGUUUGACUGGGACAGCAGCAAGUCGAAAAAGCCAGCUGUGAAGAAAAGGAGAUGAGCUAACAGGUGGAGAGGAGCCAUGCAAGAAAAUGUGGUCAAGAUUGUUGUGUGGAAGGUGUGUGUGGAAAGUUUGUGUGCGUGCGUGUGUGUGUGUGAGCGAUGGUGCGUAUGUUGUGCAGGGUAGUGUGAGUAUUUGUUUUGUGAGAAAAAAUUGCAUGCAUGAUAGACGAUAUUUUUACAUUCGAAAUUGUCCAAGACUGUCAACCAUUGUCAAGGAGAAAAUUGGUUGUCUUAGACAACGUCAAUCAUCAAUCA